CAUGAACUGUCUCAAUAUUUUCAUCAAUUUAUCAGUUGGUUUUUUAAUAAUUGCAAAAUUGAUUCCAAAAGUAUUAACAUAUUUGCUGGAAAAGCUUUAUGGAGUGAAAUUGAAUGUAAAGUCAGUGAAGCUAUUAAGUGCAUCAAUAUACGACCUUAACAUCAAAUGGAAAGAUGGGGAAGUAUCAGUUAAGGAAAUCAGUUUCAAUAGUAAGCUCUUUGAUAAAUCAUUCAAAAAACUUGUAUGCGCAACAUUCAAAACUGUCGAAGUUUCUGUUUUUAAUCGUUCUGAUUUAGAAAAAUCGAACGGUUUAAGAAGUCUUCUGAUAUGUUUCAAUCCGAAAGUUGUUCAGUUCAUUGAGAUGUUUGAAAUAACCCUCGAAAAUUUUUUGUUUGUUAUAUUCGAAGCAAAUAUGAAGAUCAAGACAAAAAUCUGUCAGCGUGUUUUUAAAUUAAAUUCAAAUGAUUUUACUAAAAGUUUUAAAAAAGUUUCUACGAACAACAUUGAAUUUUUGAAAGUGAAAAGUAAAAAUGAGAGAUGGAAAAACUUUCCAGCAACCUACUUCCAUCCAGAAUUCAAUUACUUUACUAACCAAUACAAAGAUUUUGAGGUUCGUAAAGAUGAUAUUUUUAUUGCUGGAUUUCCACGUUCAGGAACAUCACGUACCCAAGAAAUGGCAUGGCUUAUUGCAAAUGAUUGUGAUUUUGAAACUGCUUUGAAGUAUAAAUUGGAAGUGCGGUGUCCAAACCUUGAUAACUUUAUGUCGACCUUUCUAUUCCAUCAACAUACAUUGGCCUGUUCCUUGGAUGAUAUGCCAAGUCCAAGAACCAUAAAGACUCACUUACCCAUCCAACUUCUUCCUGAUCAAGUGUGGACAAAAAAGCCUAAAAUAAUUCAUAUAUCAAGAGAUGUUAAGGAUGUAGCAAUCUCAAACUACCACUUUUGGAAAUCAAUGAAUAUCAACUGUCCAGAUCUUAGAGAAUUUUUAAAUUGUUUUUUGAAUGAUACUAUCCAAUAUGGUCCAUACAGAGAAACAGUACACAAUUAUUUGAAUAUUCCUAAUUAUGAGAAUAUCAUCUACAUUACCUAUGAGACUAUGCAUGCUGAUCUUGAUGGAACAAUUAUGAAGAUUUCUAAGUUUUUAGAAAAACCGAUUUCCUUUGAUAAUUUACAGAAAUUAAAGGAUCAUCUUUCAUUCGAGAAGAUGAAGAAUAAUAAGGCAACAAAUAACAAGGAAAUCUUGGCAGACUUUCAAAAGUUUAGAAAUGGUGAAGAAGUCGACAGUGACAAUUUUAUUAGAAAGGGAAUAAUUGGAGAUCAUAAGAACAGUAUGUCUAAAGAAUAUAUCGAUAGAUUUGAUAAAUGGUGGUCAGAAAGAAGCUUAUUAAAACAAGGAUUCUAAUGUUAGAAAAUAUCAAGAUGAUUUUUAAAGUUUACAUGCUCAGGAUGUUUUAGAUUCUUGGUACGAAGUAGCUUUGAUGCUUGAAAGUCAUUAAACAACAUUUGAACUUCUAAUUUUAUCAGCUUUUGAAGUGCUGAACUAUUAAAAACUAUCCUCAUUAGUUUAGAAUCUUGUACAUGAUUCUGGUCCAGUAAUGUGCAAUCUGUGUGAUAUGAUUUAAAAAUGGACUGUGGUUUACAUUGAAUUCUGUUGCGAAUUUAUUUUUAAACGUCUGAUAUGAAGGAUUUUGGAAGGAUGUUAUAAGCUAAAAAUUAUGUCAGUUCUCAAACAGUGUCAAAGAAUCCUUAAUCUGCUUAUUUUAAAGAAAUAAAAAUCACAAACUCUCAAAC